UAAAUUCAUCAGAUACACUGAUUGGUUUAUUUAUCAAACAUGGAAUCCUGCUGCAGAAUUUGCCGCAGGAUGGAGUUAGAUAAAUCGCUCUCUCUGGACUUAGUGGCGGAUUCAACGGGGGAAUCAAUUCGGUACAUGAUUUUCUCCGUAACAGGACUAAUGAUAAAUAAGUCGGACGGCAUGCCUUACCAGAUUUGUGUUCUCUGUAUGGGAAGUUUGACGGUAGCGUUCGAAAUGAGGCGACUCUGCCUCGAAUCGGAAGCUUUCUUUCGGAAACGGGCGCCAAUACUGAUACUGCCGGUGGCGGUUAGUUUACUUAAUGAUCCAACGACGGAUCAGAUAAACGCCGAAAACAUACAACCGCCACCAAGUUCACCGCUAGCAAUGGAAAUUAAAAUUGAAGAUGAAGCAGUUGUUGAAGAUGCGAUAUACGAAGCGGUUGAAAACCAUCAAACGCCAGGCUCACCACUGAUCGGUCCGGAACAGCACUGGAACGCAGCGGAUAAUAUGAUGUACUGUUGCUUUCCAAACUGUUCGAUCGGUUAUCCAUUUCAGGAAUUGCUGGUGGAACAUGCUCGUCGCGAUCAUAGACUCGAAAGAGAAAACAAUUCUUCGAAUCGGCCAGAAAAUUGCUUUUUGUGCAUUACCUGUGAGCGGGGUUUCGAGCAGGAAGCAGCACUACUGUACCAUCGCAGACCGCCGGCCCCGCGUGAAAUGGAAAGUGUUCAGGAUUCUCUAAAUCUGCACAGCACCACCGAGGAGAAUGGGAGCGAAGAGCCCAUUCAAGUAGUGGAUUGCUCUGCCGAUUCUAAUGGUUUAAUUAUUGAUUUAGUUGAUAAUGAUGACGACGAGUCGAGUUCCAAAACUAAUGCCGAUCUGAUACUGAUGGGUUUUACCAUUACGAGCUGUACUACCAUGGUUCAUUGUUGCCUAACAGAUUGCCAACAUAGCUUCGACAAUCUGGAACAGUUAAAUGAGCAUUUUGAGGACAAGCACUGGGAAACCAGAAGACGUAAUGCUGAAAUGAACGAUUUGGCUUUGCGCUGCGCGGCUUGCUUUUUAGGUUUUCAAACACAGCAUGCUCUUGAGGCUCAUCAAGAAGCUAUUGAUCCAAUCUUUCGCUGUAAAUGCGACGGUUGUGGCACCUUUUUUAGCACGAAAAAACUAGCCUUCGAACAUUCAAAGAAUCCGUGCAAACAAACCAAAACAAAUUCUCAUUUAAGAAAGAUUCUCCCGAAAAAGAGGAUCAAUAAAAAAGACAAAGAUGAGAUAUACAUAAAAACAGCAAACGGGUAUACCUGUACGGUUUGCAAAAGCGAUUUUUCUUUCCUGUCUUCGCUUAAUAUGCACAGAAAAUCUUACAACUGCCGUCGAAACCGCAAAGGAAUGGACAAACUUGCAAAUGCGGUUGCAUUUCCACGAGCAAGUGAAGCGGAAGUUUCGGCUGCAUUAGCUCUGCAAUGUGAGCAUGAUCCUGGAAUAAAUGUUGACGGUCGGCAUGACAAAAUCUACAAUUGUCGUUGGUGCAAUACGACCACCAGCAACAUAGAUCAUUUGGUCAAUUGCUAUCUCAACAGUGAGAAAGCACAGGCUAAAACUGUGUCCAGUUCAAGAACUGGUAAAAGUAAACGUAAAAGUAAAAAUAGAAGAAAAAAUCUUGAAGCUAAGUCAAAUAGUACAGACUCAAAGAAACCUGCAACAAGGUCACGCAAAAAACCACAAACAGCCGAGGAAUCGCAAACUUUCAAGGCUAUCAAGAAAGCAGAGCAGGAAACGGCAACUGCCCAAGCCCUCCAGAUAGCGUUUAAGCGUUUUCAGUGUGAUGUAUGUGCAGAAUAUUUCCAGUUCCGAUAUUUACUAGACGUACACAAGAAGACGCACGCAAGCUAAACAUUUGCGUUGAACGCAAAAAAGAGUCGUAAUCUGUUAGUUAGUUGAAAACUAUCGCGUGUACUGGGAUAUAACCCUCCGCUUUGCGGUAAAUCCUGAUUUAGACUAAAUCGAUAAUUACCCUGAACCGGCAGUUGCCGGUAAUAGCAAGUGUACCCCAACGGCUGCCUCGUAUGACUCAAGUUCAGCCUAGCGCACAUGAAUGCCAUUUUCAAACGUUUUUAA